CAGCAAACAGACUUCAGCGACGCUCAACUGCACUCUCUUACAGGUGAAGCUGGUGAAACGACCCUGGAGGUAGUCAAUGCGCACACCUUCCACCUCCGUCCAGCGCUUUCCCUGCCUUUCUCGCCCUGCUACGGCGCUUUAGAUUCGCCGCCGAGCUGCCCCGCGCCAUCACCGUACUCUGAAUACCUCCACGCACAACCAUGGGCGACUACAAGCUAUCAGCCACCUUGCGAGGCCAUGAAGAUGACGUCCGCAGCGUAGCCUUCCCGUCGCCGGCGUCUAUUGUCUCGGCGUCACGAGAUUCUACGGUCCGGCUAUGGAAGCAGGAGUCCUCCACCCCGCCGACAUAUGACAGCACGAUUAUCAAGACACAUGGCAAGGAGUUUGUGAAUUCGCUUGCUAUCGUACCCCCUUCAUCACAAUUCCCCGAAGGUCUCAUUGCUUCCGGUGGCAAGGACCAGAUCAUCGACGUACGGCAGCCGGGCAAGAGCAUCGAGGACAACGCAGACGCCCUCCUCAUCGGCCACGGCAACAACGUAUGCGCCCUCGAUGUCAGCCAAGAUGGCAAGUACAUUGUCAGCGGCAGCUGGGAUAUGGAGGCGCGUGUCUGGGAAGUAGGCAAGUGGGGAGAGUCGACGACCCUAGGAGAACACGGCGCUGCAGUCUGGGCGGUGCUGGCCUAUGACAGCAACACGGUCAUCACCGGCUGUGCAGAUAAGCAGAUUCGCUUCUUCCAUCCCUCGGGCAACCAAUUGCGGUCGAUACAAGCGCCUGAGGUCGUGCGAGCGCUGUGCCGGCUGCCACCAAACCACCCUUCUGGCGCCCAAUUUGUCUCUGCAGGCAACGACGCUGUCAUCCGUCUAUGGAUGUUGCAGGGCAAGCAGGUCGCCGAGCUGCAUGGUCAUGAGAACUUCAUUUACUCGCUUGCAGUACUUCCCGACGGUGGUAUCGUGAGCGCAGGAGAAGAUCGCACAGUGCGAGUUUGGCAGAACAACCAGUGCGUACAGACCAUCACGCACCCCGCCAUCUCUGUCUGGACAGUCGCAGUCUGCCCCGAGAAUGGUGACAUCGUUUCUGGAGCCAGCGACAAGCUCGUUCGAGUCUUCACGUGCAAUCAGGCACGUUACGCCGCUUCCACCGAGAUCGAGCAGUUCAACGAGGACGUCAAGGGUUCGUCGAUACCACAGCAGACGGUGGGCAACAUCAACAAGGAGCAACUGCCAGGGCCAGAGUUCCUCACACAACGGUCGGGCACUAAGGAGGGUCAGGUGCAGAUGAUCUCAGAGGCCAACGGCAACAUCUCAGCAUACCAGUGGUCAGCAGCUGCGAACGAGUGGGUGAACAUUGGCACUGUUGUCGACUCGGCUGGAAGCGGUGGACGAAAGAUCUCUCACAACGGCAAGGAGUAUGACUACGUUUUCGACGUGGACAUCGAGGACGGCAAGCCCCCACUCAAGCUGCCCUACAAUGUCAGCCAAAAUCACUACGAGGCUGCGCGCAAGUUCAUCGAAGACAAUGAGCUGCCGCUCACAUAUCUCGAUCAAGUCGCGAACUUCAUCGUACAAAACACACAAGGCGCCACAUUAGGCCAGAGCAGCGCACAAGGAGCAGACCCAUGGGGUUCAGAGUCACGCUAUCGCCCUGGAGAUGCCAACGAGGUACGAUCACAGCCGCAACCGACACCAGCAGCACCCAAAAUCCUACCGCAGAAGGAGUACUUGCCCAUUGCAACAGGCAACCACGACGUCAUUUUCAAAAAACUGCAGGAAUUCAACCAAGCACUUGUGAACGAUGGCCAAAAGGGCGUCUCAUUGAACCCUUCUGACAUCGAGCAACUGAGCAAGACAGUCGCUGCUCUAAAGAAGGGUGUCGGCAAGAAUGUCGAACUGGCAGGUGUGGAUCUCCUCCUCAAGGCAGCGACACAAUGGCCCGCAGACAAGCGUCUUCCUGCUCUUGACUUGCUCCGUCUGGCCCUCACCCUUGAGGAACCAUCAGCAUAUCUUGUGUCACCCGAACAAAACCUUGUCAGCGGUCUCGUCGAGUCUGGUGUCUUCUCAGCAGAGUCAUCACCGAACAACACAAUGAUGACAGUUCGUUGUGUCAGCAACUUGCUUCAAACGGAGAAGGGCCGUCUGCUAGCCAGCACAGAGUUCGACAGUAUCCACCCUCUGAUUUCGCCAUUCGUCACAUCGAGCAACCGCAACCUGAUCAUCGCGCUCACCACCCUGUACAUCAACUACUCGGUGCUCCUGACAUCAGAGAACAAUGCCGAUCGGGCAUUGUCACUACUUGACGACCUAGCGAAGAUCCUCAACUCAGCCACCGACUCUGAAGCAAUAUAUCGCGCUCUAGUAGCUACUGGCACGCUCCUCUCCCUGGGCCCCGACUUCUGCGAGGCUGGUAGAGACAUCCUGCAGAUCGGCGACGCCGUUACUCGCGCCGAAAGCAAAGUCAAGGAACCCCGGAUCAAGAACGUGGUUGCGGAGAUUCGGCAAAAGUUGCACGGUUGAGUGUCGUGAAAACUUCCAGCCUAACUUUGCCUCACUGACUUGGCUGGGGUAGACUUUCUGCGCUCUCAGCCUCACUCGUCAAGUGGCCUGGGGUUUGCAGGAUAUGGACAUGGUCGAGUCAAAGAAGCGUCUACGACCGGAGUCGAAGAAUUCACGACUGAUGUAGUUUUGGAGCGACCUAAGACAAUAGAUCAGCUGGACAGCGAACCAGAUUAGUUGGACAGCUAAACAUGAGCAUCAUUGUACAGCGAGCAUAGCAACACAGUAACCGCAUCCUUACGAUGACAGCAAUUGCAUCAGUAUAAG